AUGUCGGCCAAGGCCGGUGAUUCAAAAUAUUCUGGCCAAGAUAAAAAUCAUUUCCCUUUUACGAAAGCGCUUGACUCGCCGUUGGCGAACGUCGCGUCCGAGAUCGAGGAGCGUCGAUGCGACCUGAUCGGCCGGCACCGGGAGCUCAGGAACAAAGUCUCUACGAUGGAACGCUCCAUCCCGAUUCUGAUGGCAUACAACAUGUGGACGGCAGAGCGAGACUGUCGCGACGGGCCGUACGACAAAGUACGAGAGAUCGUGAAUAGGUUUUCGUCGCAACCAGACCCCGCCGACAAACUCCUCGCCGAAUUGAAGAGUACGGUCGACGGCCUGCACCAGGAAACGGCACAGUUGCAUGACAGGAUCAUAGACGCGGAUGUAAAGCUGGAGGAGACUGGUAUGGAGUUAGAGUCCUUGGAGCAGGCUAACAAGGAGAUGGAGGAGAAAUUAAUAGGAUUGCGUAAUGACAUACAGAGAUACAGUACACCUAGCUUACACUCCAUCCAUUCCGAAGACCUCGUAUGUCUGAAAAAGAUCCGUCAGCUCGCUGAGGAAGAAUUGAAGCUGAAAAAUUACAAUAGAGAAUUGGAAUGCAAAGAAAUCAUGUACAGACGGCAAAUGAGCAAGCUACUGUCCUGUAAGAAAUUUCAGCGUAACAGCGGAAAAAUGACGGAACGCGGGCAGGAAUCGAGGAGAAUUGGUAAAAAGUUGUUCGAUCCAGCAGAUUACACACUUAAUAAAUAUUCGACGAAAAAAAAAUAUAAUCUUGAAGAUAAGAAUCGACAGGCUUGCUGCUCAUGUGCGACGUCGAUAACGUUAACUCCUUGCGAGAUGGCAUCAAAAAACCCUUGUGCAAAAUUGCAUCCACCGCUUCCGUGCUGCGUCCCAUUGGAACGUCCCGCAUCACGUGCAAUCGCGAAUAAAUCGCGCGAUUGUAUCUGUUGCAAAUCUUGCCGACGGGUUUCUUCCGCCGUAUUCAAAUCCAAGUCUCCGUGUUCGAGGAAACCACCUUGCGAGUCUCUAUUCAGCGUCGCUUCGAAAACAGGCAUAUUUUCGCAAACCGACCCAUAUUUUUUCAAAUCUUAUCAUGAAUAUUCUUAUCUCAAACAGCAUAUUCAGAAUCAAAAAGUCAGAUAUUUUGAAAAUAUUUUUAAACCACAUUAUGCUGAAAGACAUCAUUAAGAUAGUUAUCUUGUGUCGCGAUUUUAAACUUGCGCGCUGUUUGAAAUUUAACGAGAACUUAUGGAAUUGUAAAUGCUGUAUUGUAUUAAAAUUAAUAUGCAAACGAAUAAUUAUAUAAAUUUCCAGGUGUAUCGCGAUCACCUAAACAAUUAACGCAAUUUUCGGUACCGUGUGAUCCCAAUAAAACGUGCGACGAGUGCACGACUCCUGGCGCAUGCAAGCAAAUUAAUAACUGCAGGUACGAUUGCGAAGAUAAAAUGUAAACGCAAAUUAUUGUUCACGCAGUUCACGUGAUUGCAGUGUUAGAUCGGACGAGACUUAUCAAACAUCUUCAGGAACGGAAACAGAUAACAGCAACAGUGACGACGAAGAAUUUUGCGAGUGCUGUUCUUGUGGUUGCGAAGUCGAUGAUAACUUCUAGUGGCAUACUUGACAUUGAAAUACUUAUCAUUUCGAUAAAAUUGAUUGGUUUUAUUGUCCUCUCAGAUAGCAUUUAAAUUUCUUUAUUUCAACGUAUGUACAGUGUUUCGAUACAAUUAAAUUUUAUACGAGCAGAUUGAUAUUUGAAAAACACAGUAAUGAGAAUAUUCUUAUUUCUAAUGUUCAAAAAAAUAUUAUUAUAAAGAAAUGUUAUAAUUUGAAGUAUUAUAAGUAGGGGAUAAUAUUAUUUAUGUAUCCUCAAAUUAAUAGUUAUUUAAAAAUAUGUUUUAAUACAAAAAAA